AUGUCGUUAUCGGAGAGUAAAAUUUUAAGGUCGGGAAAACCUGCCGAUUUUUCCUCGUUUCACAUACAACAUUUAAAUGUUGGGGCCUUUAUGAGAGAUAUCGGUCUGUCUUCUGCGAGAGAAUCAAGAGUUGGUUGCAGGCCGGCUCUAGGAAAGAGAAGAAAAUUUCUGAGCAGAUCUAUUUGGCUCAGUAACAACAAUUUGCGGAGCUUGAGCAAUCUGGAUGGUUUCGUAGAAGAAAUAUUGGAAUAUCCAGAAGAAUUGGGGUGGAUUGAUUUGUCUUUUAAUAAAAUUCAAACCAUCGAUGAGUGCAUACUGAAAUUCAAAAACAUGAAAAUUAUAUACCUGCACGGUAACAACAUUUCCGAUUUGGAGGAAAUCAAAAAGUUGCAAUCCUUGGAUAAGUUAAAAAGUUUAACAAUCCAUGGAAAUCCAAUUGCUGAUCAAUCUAAUUACAGGCAGUUCGUUAUUACUACAUUACCGCAAGUCAUCAAUCUCGAUUUUACUGCGAUUCUUCCUUCAGAAAGAUUUCCGCCAUAG